GUGAUCAAUGCUGGCUGUAUUCGAACUGCAGAACGCUUUAUCGGUCUCUGGGUUUGGCCGGAACACUCUUUGCGUUUGAGAAAUCGCAAGAGGUAUGUCGAAUGGCCAAUGCAGAGAUUUGCUGGUUUGGUACCAAGCGUCGACAGUUUUUGGGUGCUUACCAAUCAGACG